AUGGACUUCUUGCUCGGUUAUAACACAAGCCUGCCCUUGGCCAACAAUGCAACUGCGCCGUCCUUGGGUUACAUGUCACUUGUUACGUACGCCAGCGACCAGUUCCCGGAUCUAUCGAUUGCGGAGCGGUUUUGGUGGGCGCACUACGCUUACUGGCAGAGCGGCGUCGUCGCGACGGGCCUCUUGACCUUUUGGUCUCACGAGGUCGUCUAUUUUGGUCGUUGCCUUCCCUGGAUCGUCGCGGACGCCCUUCCGAGCCUCUUCUUGUGCUUCAAGAUUCAGGAAGCGAAGCAGCCGUCGGCCGCCCAGCAGUGGGGGUGUACCAAGUUUGUCCUCCUCUUCCACCCCCUGUGCGAGCUCGUCGGGCUCAACAUCCAGGUACCCUUCCCAACCUGGGGUGCCAUGGCCGCCCAGCUGGUCAGUUUCUUCGCCCUCGAGGACGCAUACCACUACUGGGCCCACCGUUUCCUGCACUGGGGUCCCAUGUACCGCAAGGUGCACUGCAUACACCACACCUACGCCGCACCCUUUGGCCUGGCGGCCGAGUACGCGAGCCCGUCGGAGACGUUGCUCCUGGGUGCCGGCACAAUAGGCUCGCCCCUGAUUAUUGGACUCUUCGGAGUCAACAUCCACCUGUUGACUGUCAUCGCCUGGGUCACCCUUCGCCAGUUCCAGGCCAUUGACGCUCACUCUGGAUACGACUUCCCUUGGAGCCUGCGCCACUGA